AUGAAAACUAACAGGUACAGGAAACAUGUGUCGAGUUCCUCGCAGGAGUUGCAGAUUCGAGAAGCCACGUACAGGUUUGUCACUUGUUCCGAGAUUUGGGCGCUGUUCAUGUCAGAUGACAUGCUUUACAGCGAGCCCAGAAACGGAACAGAGACUUCAGAAGAAAAGGCGAAGCGUGAGGAUGCCAAGGAGUGGGCCAACAGGCUCAAGUUUGUAAAGGAGAAAAAAAAGAAGGAACGAGAGAUCGCGCAGGAGCAGCAGCAGAAGGCUAAGGAAAAGAAGCUUGCUGGCGAUUUCGUCACGGGCCAGACUGUCGUGGCUACCCACGAUAUCUCCGUACGUGGCAAGAUCGCUGUGAAGAAGGGUUGGGAAGGUGUGGUGCAGGGACCUUCGCUGAAUCAUCCUCAAGAACGGCUUAAUGUCCUUUUCAAGGAGAGGCGGGACAAGAAGCAGCAGCCUCAGCGUACGAAGCCAAUCGAAGCGGAUUCACACUGCCUGGUAAGAAGUUUGUAA